CGCGUCGCGCGACGAACGUGAGUGCCGCGGUGUCCAUGUGAAGUGAAGUGACAACUGACAUGAUGCUGGGCGGCAUGGACGGCAAGGAGUACGGGGCACUGCACGCCGCAGCCGCCGCCGCGGGAUAUGCUAUGGAAACCGACCCCAGUGCCGCCGGCAUGGGCAACCCCGGCGUGGCCGGCACGGGCACCCAGCAGUACGGUGAGGUGAACCAGCUGGGAGGAGUGUUUGUGAAUGGAAGACCCCUGCCCAACGCCGUCAGGCUCAGGAUAGUGGAGCUCGCGCAGCUGGGGAUCAGGCCAUGCGACAUCAGCCGACAGCUGCGCGUGUCGCACGGCUGUGUCUCCAAGAUCCUGGCGCGCUACCACGAGACCGGCUCCAUCCUGCCCGGCGCCAUCGGCGGCUCCAAGCCCAGGGUCACCACGCCUAAGGUGGUGUCAUACAUAAAGCAGCUAAAAGCGAAGGACCCGGGCAUCUUCGCGUGGGAGAUCCGCGACCGGCUGCUGGCGGACGGCGUGUGCGACAAGUACAACGUGCCGUCGGUGUCCAGCAUCAGCCGCAUCCUGCGCAACAAGCUCGGCGGCGGCGCGCUGUACCCGGUGCCGCCGCUCUACCCCGUGCCGCCGCAGAGGUGCUGGCCGCUGCAUCAGCCGUAUGACUACUAUGUUUAUUUACAGGGUCGGCAGCACACGGCAGGCAACCCCCACGCGUUACCGCACCCUCACCAGCAGCCGCCGCCGCCGCACCAUGCGCACGCGCAUGCGCUCUGACAUGCGCGCCUCGCCACCAACCACGACCGGUGAUCAUCACGCCUGAUCAUCACCAGUGAUCAUCAUGUGAUACGUGUGAUACGUGGUACGUUUAGUGGUGACAGGACACUCGUGCGACUGAGAUUAGUAGCGUAAAAUAGUCAUCACUGCACGACAGAAAUGUUCAGUUAAUAAUAAUAAUGUUGUGAAUGUUUCGUAUUUAUGAGUUUUUGUGGAAUGUUGCGGUUGUGGAGUUUCUGAAUAAGAAAUUUGACCGAAUCUGAAAUUAUAUAGUGAUACAUUUAUGAAAAUAUGUGUGAACAUGAAAGAUGCUGAAGCUCAUAAAUAUGAAAAUAAAUCUCAAAAAAUAUUCUGCAUAAUGACACAGCUGAGCAGAAAAUAUGAGUGUGAUAAAUGCAGUUUAUAAUUCAGUUGAAAUCUCUCCAGUUAGAAGUGCAGAGUGAUAUAAAAGUGAAAACUGAUCUUUUAGUGAUAAAUAAUGAUAGUUGUUGAUAAAAAAGUAUUAUAUUAUUAUUGUAAAUACGUUAUCACGUGUAAGAUACAUAGACUUUAUAUUUUCACGCGAGGAUUAAUGCCACAGAUUUAUUUAAAGGAGGCGGAGAUAAUGAACUAGUGGGAAGAUUGUUGAAUGUUUAGCUGAAGAGAUAAGGAUUAAUUAUGCCAUGUAAUGAUUACAUAAUGUACUGUAAUCUGGUGAGAUAAACAGAAAUAGCGUGUGAGGUCACUGCAGUAUAAGCGUCCGUCGGCAGCGGCACCGACGGAUUAGCGUUCAGAUUAAGCCAAAUUAUCAGUUUAUAGAUUGUAUUAACGUCACAAUGAUGAGCGUAAGCACUCGCUUUUUAUCAAAACUAAUUAAUCUCCGUCAAUUAUUUAAUCAAAAACAAGCAAUAUUUCAGCAUGACAUCCUCUAUACAUUCGUGCUCCGACGGAAAGCUACAAAAAAUCCUGUUUGAUAUUAACCUGGAAGUUUGUAGAUUUUGAUGUUUGUUCCUCGAUUAUGCUUUCAAGGCUGAACGGGUUUCCAUGAUAGUAGUCCAUUGUGAAAGUUAAUCAUCAUACCUAAUACUUAACACUUUUGUUCCGACGCGGGAAGAAGGUAGAUCCCUUCGGGCAUGGGUGGAAGCUAUUGCUCAAUAAUCUUAUUUAAUCUUGGUUAUCUCUUAGUUACUUAUAAUUUGUGAUGUUAAUCCUCCAGUGGUUGUAGAUAUUACAUUAGCUAGGGAGUAAGCGAGCGAAGUCAACUAUUUAUGUAAGUGUGGGCGCAACGAUGUAAAUAUUCUCAAUAAUACGACACACAUGUACUUAUUCUUAUACAUAGGUACACUAUGAUAAAUAGUACAGCAUUUUUAAUUUCUUCUUAUUUACGAAUUCUUUUGAACAAGAAGUUGGAUUAUCUCUUUUCUAAUCGCAGGACGUUAUUUGUAAGUCAAUUUCAAUAUUUUCUUUUAUUUUGGUAUUCCGCUGUGAAUCCUUUUUUCACCCAGAAGUUCUGCAAGCUCAGCGUGAUACAAUGCUGCAAUGUAUACUCAACUCUACUAUUACUGAAACUACUGAAAACUAAAAUCAACUUAAAUGUUUAUUGAUUCAUAGAAAACAAUUUCUCACACUAGGUACAUUAGUUUUCGUGUAACUUAAAGGCAUUUGUUUAAUCUGCUUGGGGUUACAAGGUAGGUUGCAAGUUUACAAGACUUCGUGUAUUCUUCUUUCUCCUGCCCUGUUCCCAAUUUUACUUGGGGUCGCAAUAUGUCAUUUUCUUCCAUUUUCCCCUCACUCGCUAUACUGACACUCACUCUCUUCCUAUUGAUGUCAUCUUUCAGACAAUCCAUCCAUCUUUUCUUAGGUCUUCCUCUUCCUCUCCAUCCAUCUACAUUCAUACUUAGCACACACUUUGUUGCAUGCGUAUCAUCCCUCCUUAUUACAUGCCCAUACAUACCAUGAUAAUCUUCUACUCCUCAUCUUUUCUGUAACUGGCGCUACUUUCAGACUUCCUCUAAUUUAAUCAUUCCUCACUUUAUCCAUUCUUGUGACACCAUCCAUCAUUCUCAACAUCCAUCUCAGCAUUCUCAUUUCUGCUACGUGCACUCUCUUCUCACACCUCUUUUUCAAUGCCCAACACUCCGAUCCAUACAGGACGACAAGUCUAAUGACGGAUUUGUAAAUUUUGCCCUUCAGUUUGAGGGGCAUCCGCGGGUCACAGAUAGCGCUAGUUACCUGUCGCCACUUCAUCCAUCCAGAAUUGAUCCGAUGACUGUUGGUCACUUUGGACGAGUGAACCAUAUAUUAAGAUCGCAAAUUAGACAAAUGUGUCAUUGUGUCUUGGUACUGCCUUCAUGUAGGUAUUUAUAAAAAUAUAAAUCUGUACAAACUAGAUGUUAAACUACUCGAUAUUAUUUAAACAUAGCUUUAUUGGUCAAAGUAUAGAAAAUAAAUUGGUUUGUUCAUACAA